AUGCCCUACAAGGUGGAUCCGAAGUCAGGCCUAAUCGAUUAUGAUCGUAUGGAGGAGAAUGCAAUGCUGUUCAGGCCCAAGAUUUUAGUCGCAGGAGUCUCUUGCUAUGCUCGCCACUUGGACUAUGCUCGAUUCCGAAAAAUCGCCGACAAGUGCGGAGCAUAUCUGAUGGCGGACAUGGCGCACAUUUCUGGAUUGGUAGCGGCUGGCGUGAUUCCAUCACCAUUUGAGUAUGCCGACAUUGUCACAACCACCACCCACAAAUCUCUCCGUGGACCUCGUGGAGCACUGAUCUUCUUCCGCAAAGGUGUUCGAUCAACGAAUGCGAAAGGAGAGAAGAUUAUGUAUGACCUCGGCGACAAGAUCGCUGCAGCCGUGUUCCCUGGUCUUCAGGGAGGACCCCACAACCACACCAUUGCAGGAAUCGCUGUUGCGCUCAAACAAUGCCUUACCGAGGAAUUUGUGAACUAUGGAAAACAGAUAUUGGCAAACUCUCAUGCUUUGGCUGAAAAACUCGUUUCGUUAGGCUACUCUCUAGCUACAGGUGGAACUGACAACCACCUGUGCUUGGUUGAUCUGAGACCAAAAGGAAUUGAGGGUGCCAAGGCAGAGCGAGUACUGGAUCUGGCAAAUAUCACAUGUCUCGAAAUUCUGCUACGAUACAAGGGGCAAUUCGGAAAGACAGCCAAGGAGUUCAACACGUUCACUGAAACCAAUCAAGACUUCUUGAAGGAAAUAAAAGAGCUCGCUCAGGUUGGCGAUUUUUCAUGA